CUCUCACUCGUUCGAGGAUGUAAAGACUUUCUGUGUUUAAAUUCCUUCAAAGACAGAAAUGGACUUUAGUCAUGAACGUCUUAAGAUAUUACUAAAUGUUUUCUUCUCUGAAUCUAGAAGCAACUCCACAACAACCAAGGUGUUUUCAUACCUGAUAGUCCGGACCAAGGUCUGUGUUUUUGUUACACUGUAUUUGGUUCGGUCUGUUUGGGUUUCACAUUGUCAUUAUUGCAAACGGAUUAACAGACUUUACAUGACGAACCUACAUGAUAUCGUCAUCAACUACGUGGUUUGAGUGUCUCUGUAGUUUACAAUGAUUGGUCAUUCAGCCAGCAGGCGUCUCAUGUCAACACGUUGAAUAACAUGACAACUUUAUCAUCGUCGACAGGAAAGGAGAAGAAAGUACGCAAUCCUGCGAGUCACUGCAACACCGACUCAGGAGAGAAGGUAUGUGUUGUAAAACUCUUGAAAAGAUGAGCUGUCAAUAGUGAGGUAUAACUUUAUCUACAAUUUUAUGAAAUUUUCCGUGCUUGGACAAUUUCCAUUUAACAUAAUAAUGGACGCUUCUACUCCUCGCGUAACGUAAAGCAGCUACUGUUAGCCCACCCUGUCCAGGCUGCUGGCUAAUUUCAGUAGCGUGAGAUUGUUGUGUGCUCUUCCGUGGCUCAUUUUGUUUUGGUGAUGGAUUUCCUUUGCCGGUAGUCAUGUCGUAAUUUCCUGUCAUUGAUACGAAGGUCCGAACCUUUCAAAAUAAUGCUUUCACACUGGGCAUCAACCAGACCAUGGUUCCAUUUGGUCCAGACCAAGACCACCUCUUUUGGUCGGACCAAGGUCCAGCUGUUUGGUCCAGACCACAGUCCAGGGCAGGUUUCACACCUAUCAUUUUGGUUCGGACCAAACAGAAAAGUACGAAAGUUUAGACCAAACGAUGUAGGUGUAUUCUUCCAUACAUCUCCACAGUUUGUCUGAUUUUCAUGGUUCAACUUUUAUCAUGUUCAGCAUGUUCAGGAGAAGUGUGCUUGUAUUUUUCACAUUUCUAACCCUUUUACUUUUUACAAUAUUUAACAUUUUUCACAUUUUUUGAAUGAAUGGAAGAUUUCUGCAGUUCUGCCUAAAACUGCUUCAACUUUGAGAUUCUACAGAUUCUGCAUACUUCCACAUACAGACUUCAUUUUUGCUUUAAAACGUAGACAAACUCUUCAGCUAUUUAACAUGUAUUCAGCCUUUAGUUAUCUUCUAAAGUUUUUGAGAUUUCUCAGUUUAAGCAACACAAAGUUUUGGGGUUUUACACAAAAAAGUCAAACUUCAGAGUGCGUGACAUCAUCAGUCAGAGUGCAGCAGCCUGCUGAUGACACAGAAGAAAUCUCAAGAACAAACAUCCAUAACAUCCACAAACUUCACUCCACAGACAUAAAAGGGCAUCAGAAUAGAGGAAAUCUUGUCCUGCUACUGUCAAACUAAGAACCAAAGCCACGUCAUGCACAGUUUUGGCGUGAGAGGACAGACUGUCCCAAGAACGGCGAAAUCUUCUUCAUCUGCUGCAAUGUUAUGGAUUCUGUGACUUUGGUCUUCAGACUCAGAAAGAGACACUUUUUUAGAUCACGCUUGUAGCAUGAUUUUUCGCUUCUCAGACAUGAAAAAAACAUUUCACCGUGUUCGUCAGCUUCUGCUGAUUCUCACGAUACCUUUGGUUUCUGCUAGGUUUUACAAGUACAUCGAAAUUGAUGUUGUUUGAGUGCAUGUUCUGACCUCUCAACCCCGUUUUCUGAGCCCACUUUAACUGAAACUAACUGGUGUGACUAAUUAGCUUUUAUCUCAGCUGUGAUGUCAUGGAGGCAUUCGUUACCAUAGCAACCUAGGAGUCCUACACACACAUACAAACACAGUCAUGCUUUAACAUUCUCCAUAAUUAUAACAUACAUGUGGCUUUAAUUUAGCAAUUUUAAAGCUAUCAUCUUCACAUGAUAAAAUAACAAUGUGCUUAUCUGUAAUUCUUUACAUUUUCCACAAAUUUGCUAUUGUGCUCUUUAGCUUUGAUGCUAUUUAUAGCUAUUUUAAGCUAUUUUUAUGUAUUUUCGGCAAUUGAAUGCCAUUUAAAGCUACUUGAUGCUCCAUCACCAUGGCUCUUCACAAGUUUAACAAUUUCAACCAUUAAUUAUGCCUUCUUAUUUUCACUGCUUUUAGCAACUAUAUUUCACAUUUUCUCAUUUUCCGCCCUCAGCCUCAGCAUUUCAACGCAUUUACUGCAAGAAAAUGCAACUUCUCUAGUCUAAUACUAGUUUUCAGUAAUAUGUGAUAGUAAAAUGUAUUGUUUCAUUCUUUAAAUAUGUAAUUAUACAUAUUUUCUGAAGUAUUUUACCUCUGAAUUUCAUGAUUUUCUAACUUAAUCUUUAAUAUUGACUGUACAAAACCAAUGUCUAUAAAGAAAUUAGUUAUUUCACCCUAUAGAUAAUAUGGCAUAUUAACGUAUAAGCAGAAUAAAAUAAAAUGAUUUUUUUUUUCUUGUUGUUGUUUUCUUUGUUUUUGUUUUUGUAAAAUAAAAAAGACAUUACCGUAUGAAGUUGACAAGUAUCUUACUGAGUUUAUUAUGGGAAUAAAAAGUAAUGGCUUGAACUAGCUUCUUUUAACCCCAUUAAUGAUCUUAUCUAAUAUAUCUGCUAUCUUUAUUGACUAUAGAUGAAGAAAAAUGAUGAAAAUAAAAAUGAUACUAUUUUUUUCUAAAAUAUAAUUAGGUAUCAAAAGCUCUAAGGUGAACCAGGUGAGCAGGAAAAAGUUGUCACUGUUGCAGUAUGACUACUAAGGAGAUAUCUAUCAUCAUAUGGUGAAGCCAAUCUCAUGGCAUAUGUCAUUGACUUGAGAAAUAUUACAUUACUGGUAGAUCCUAAGAUAAUAAUAAGAAGAUAAUCAGAAAGGACGAGCUUCUGAAUGGUAUCAAAAAAGGGUUAAAAACUGAGAAUUUUCACAUGGAACAGUCGAGGUUCCAAAGCUACUUUAGCUGGUAUUAGCAUCAGAUUGCAAUUAAGCAGUAUACAUUUUUCAGUUGCAUUUUUCAUCUGAUAAUUGACAUUACUCUGUCAUCUGUCUUUCUAGCACUAAUCAAUGAGAACCCUAUCAUACUGCAAAUGUUACAUUAAUACAACAGGUAACUUCAAACAAACAGGCAGAAAAGUCUACAUUUAGUAGAUUCAGAUGUUCGUCUCCACACAUGCAUCCGAUUUGGAAAACUGUGCAAUGUUCUAUCUCUUCUCCUGUAAAAAUGUCUUUUUCCUUUGCAGUAUGGGGCAGCGAACACACAGUUAUUUCCCCCUUUUCGUCCUCCUUCUCUCACUCUGCUGGGUUCAGAGGUCAGACACUGAUGGAGAGAGAUGGUCUUGUGAACGUUGUGACCAACAGUUCUUCUGUAACUGCUCCUACAGUGGAUUUGUCCAUGUUCCUGUGGUUUCAGACCACGCCUUGACUCUUGAUCUCUCCUUCAACAACAUCACUGAGGUGACUGAUGAUGAUCUGACUGGCCACAGCAAGCUGAGAGCCUUGAGUCUACACGGUAACAGUCUAGCUGUGAUCCAUCCAUCAGCGUUUGAUUCUCUUUGGAGUCUGGAGAAUCUGGAUCUGUCUGAUAAUAACCUGACUGCUCUCAACCAUGAAUGGUUCAACAAGCUCAGUGCUCUGCAGCAGCUCAACCUGCUCAACAACCCCUACAGCUGUCUGGGGUCUCCCCCCGUGUUUCAGAGCCUGGUCAGACUGAGGAGGCUGGCUUUUGGAGGUCCUGCUCUGCUGGAGAUAAAGAGAGGAGAUCUGUCAGGGGUCACAGAGCUGGAGGAGCUCACUCUACAUGCCAAUAACCUUAAAAGGUACGAGUCUGGGGCUCUAGCAGGUAUAUGGCCACUAGGUCAUGUCACUUUGAGCCUCCAGGGUCCAGUUUCAACAGACAGAGCCUUAGCUUCAGCUGUUCUCGCUGAUGUGGCAUACUCAAACACACCCAUCGUUGUGCAAGAGGUCUAUCUGGUUGGGACUGGAUCUGUGGAACCCUUCAAGGAGUUGACUAAGAGGAGAAUCAGGAGCAUUACUUUCAGGAACAUCACCUUAUCAGACGAGGCGCUCACUGAAGCCCUAUCGAUGAUGGAUGGAGUGCCGAUCACCUUCUUUUCUUUAGACGAUGUCAUACUGACCGGUGAAGGCAGGUGGGAGAAGGGCAAUGAAACACAUCUCAGCAGCCUCGAUGAGGUGUUUGUACGACACAUCGUGAUCCUGGAUCUCUUUAAAUUUAUAAAGGUUGCAGAGUACUUCCAUCUGCUGCACUACCCAACAAAAAUCUCAACAAUCGACACUAAGGCAUUUGUGGUGAACUGCCACUCGACGUACUUGCUCCAGAACCUGCAGUACGCGGAUCUGUCUGACAACCGUGUGAGCGACCUGGCUCUUCAAGAGUCCCUGUGCCAUGGAAAAAGCCCACUGAAGGACCUGCGAGUUUUAAACAUCAGUGGAAACUUUCUGAAGUCUCUGUCCACAUUGAUCCGAAUGAUAGCUAGGCUCUCCAAACUGACCCACCUGGACGCCAGCAGGAAUGGAUACAGCUCCAUGCCUCAGAGCUGCUCCUGGCCACACACCCUGAGAUACCUCAACAUCUCUAGGGCUAAACUUACAGAAGUCACCAGCUGUCUACCCACAACCCUGGAGGUGCUGGAUCUGAGCUACAACAGCCUCAAAAACUUCUCCCUGUCCAUGCCUUUUCUGAGAGAGCUCUACCUCUCUGGGAACAAGUUCCUGAGUCUGCCACAUGGACGGCUGUUCCCUAAUCUGGAAACACUGAUAAUACAGUCAAACACCAUGAACAUGUUUGGGCCUUCAGACCUCCAGUCCUACAGUCGACUCCAGAGCCUCCAGGCGGGUCAGAACAAAUUUGUCUGCUCCUGUGACUUUGUCAGCUUCCUCCAGUCUGCCUUCAAAGAUGCUGGAGAGGUUCAGAUAACAGACAGAGAGGAGAGCUACGUCUGCGACUCCCCUCUGUACCUGCAGGGACGACCAGUUGGUGGAGUCAGCCUCUCUGUUGUUGAAUGCCAUCGGGUUUUGUUCGUGUCUGUGAGCUGUGGUGUAGCACUGUGUGUUGCCCUGCUGGUGAGUAUCCUGCUCUGGCGCCUCCAUGUAUUCUGGUACCUCAAGAUGACUUGUGCGUGGGUAAAGGCGAAGAGGAGCAGUCAACAACGGAGAAAAAGGGAUAGGAUGGAUACAGAAGCAUUGCUGUCCUUUGACGCCUUUGUGUCCUACAGCGAGAGGGAUGCUAGCUGGGUGGAAAACUACUUGGUACCUGAACUGGAGGAGCCAGGAGAGAAUGGUGAGGACUCCUCAAACCCCAGAGGCCCCAGACCUCUGACCCUCUGCCUCCACAAGCGGGACUUCCUCCCCGGACACUGGAUUAUGGACAACAUCAUGAGUGCCAUCGAGCGAAGUCGGCGGACCAUCUUCAUCCUCUCUGAGAAUUUCGUCCAGUCCGACUGGUGCCGCUAUGAGCUGGACUUCUCCCACUUCUGGCUCUUUGAUGGGAAUGCUGGUGAUGAGGCGGCCAUCUUGAUCCUGUUGGAACCGCUGUCCAGAGACAACAUCCCCAAACGCUUCUAUAAACUACACAAACUCAUGAGGUCCACCACCUACCUGGAGUGGCCUCAGGAGGAGGAGAGGGUUGUGGAGUUCUGGGAGAGUCUUCGUAGGGCUCUGAGAGUGGAAGAAGAGGACGAUGACUGAGACAAAGAAACUGGUCAAACUACACAAUCAAAAAAGUUCAGUUUCAAUCAAUUUAAUUCAUAUUUCCAUGUUUAUAUUUAUUUUCACUUUUGAUUAUUCUUUGAAAUUUUGUUUGUAAAGUUACUUAAUGCCAUAAAAAUGGUCAUAUCACUAAAAUUGAAAUCCCUUUAGACUGUGUCUUCUCCAGGAUUAUAGAACACAAUGCCAUCACGAACAGAAUCCAUCCAUCAAAUCCAUCAUUCUUUACUUGCAGUCUUUACUUGUGUAGUGCUAACGUAGGCAGUUUUUCCAUUUGGCCAAAAGUAGGCAAUUAAAGCAAAAAAAAGUAGCACCCUCCAAGCAAAAAACUUCUCAAGGUGCCAGACAAAAAAGACUUACUAGAAAAAGAGAGAGGUGUCAGCACUCAAAAUGUCCUUUUAGGUAGUUUUAUCAAAGGCACAUAAGGCACAACGAACGCGUUUCGUCUUCUUCAGCGUUGUGAAACAUUACGUGGAAGAGCGCCUUAAAUACAGGAAGUAUGCAGAGUGUCAUAGAUACAACCUUAAAAAUAAAGUACAACUAGGCAAGCACUCAGAGAGCGCAGACCUCCACCAUCAGCCCUGUCUCCCAAUAGUGAAGAAUCCUUUAAAAACAUUCCUGGAUCUAAACGGUGAUUCGGAUCAUUUCCAAAAUCUAAUUCGCCGCUCACUCCUUCCCCGAUGGGGUAGCGACAUGGUGACGCAAAGCACUGGCUUCGCUACGUGUGGACUGUCAUGGCGGAAGCACCCAUAGUCUCACUGGACGACCGAAAAUCAAGAAAAAGUCAAAUUAGCUAGAUUUGAGUUUGAAUUAUAAUCAUCAAAGGACAGUGUUUUCAUGUGUUUUUUGAUAAUAUGUAACAUUUCUAUCAAACGUGUGCAUGAGAGUAAUUCUUCACUAAAUCUUCCUCCUCAUCACCAUCGUAGCACUGCAGUGAAAUUUUAUGGCACAUAUAAACACAAAAAUGCGUUGCAAAACCGGUCUUAUUAUAACGAAAUCCUGUUAAGACUGUUUGAUUUUCCAGGGACAAUUUUUUUCUCCUAAAGCCUUUGAUUUCUCAUAGAUUUUCACUGAAAGUGCAGCGCUUCCUGCUUUUACCACAGCAAAAGAAUGAUAGCCUUUUAAGAACAAUAUUUCUACUUCCCCUUUUUCAAUUUCAUCUGCUUCUUGGAAGAGAGGAACUAUCUUUUUUAACCUUAACACGGAAGCUUUAAUCCUGUCUCCUCCAUCAGCUGAUAUGUAUGAGAAGGGGACAGGAGAGUCUACGGGCUGAAGUUAGUAAUUAAAACUUAUAGAAAAAAAACACAAAGUCUAAAUCUUUUCCGAGAAACAGAUAAAGCGGAUAGGAAAAUAGAAAUAUCACACUGAAAAAGGCUCCAGCUUCGCUCACGUGCAGCGCCAGGGUUUAUGAGAAAAUCCACAAGAAGUUAAAGGCUGUAGGAGCUGAAUUUGUCCGUGGGGAAUUAAUUAUUCUUAGUUGAUAUCCACAUUAUAACAAGACUGAUCUAGCAAAGCAUUUUUUUGGGUUAAUAUGAGUUGUGAGAUUUCUCUGCCUCACUACGAUGAUGAUGACGGCGAUUAUCAUGAUGAUCUAUAAAAAAGGUAAAAGUAAUCAUUUCCAAAAAUAAUAGCAUGACUUUAUCUAAAGAAACUGGCACUGAUGGCCCUCUAAACAAGAAUAAUGCGUCCCCUUUUCUAAGUCCAGCUGUCUGUGACAUGACGAGCAGUAAAAUCAGACGGCUCGGCUCGACCUGCCAUGGCUUGGUUCAGAGUGCUGCGACACUCGUGCUUGACAGCUGAUUGCAGCCGUAGUGGGCAUGUGCGUUUUCAGAAAUUGUUGUUUUCCCUGUUUACACGGAGACGGAGACAGAGGCAUUUUGGAAAACUUCCACUCUGGAGCCCGUUUCCAGAAAGUUUCGGUUUUAGGUAUCAAAACGCCAUUGCUGUGUAAACAGACAGUCAAAACGCUAAAAAGCGUUUGCAUUUUUGACUGAAAAUGUUGUUGUAUAAAUGGGGCAUAAGUGAAAAAUAGAGCAAGCUUGUUGACUUGUGUUUUCAUUCACUCAUUAUAGUGUUUCAAUCUGUGAGAGGUCAUUUUCUCACAAGGUUUCUCACGCAGCAGAUCUCAACCAAGAUGAAAGAGGAUUUUCUUUCAUCAUUGGCAUGUGUUCUUAAUAAUAAUAAGAUUGAUAAUAAUAAUGAGAUCAAUAUUGAUAAU